AACACAGAGCACACUGUCUUCACCGAUUCUCCUUCCCGGCACAAAAAUGGCAGAAGAAGAUUUUCCACUUCAACCCUCGUCUUCCUCUUCUUCUUCCUCUCGCCGUCUCCGUCGCAAGCCGCCGUCGCGGUUAGUCCUUUAACCCUCCAUUUCCUCCUUCUCUUUCCGAUUUCCGAAAUUCGACUCAUUGCCAUUUCUAGAAAAUUCCCUACGAUACUCCUCGCUGCUGCUUUUUGUUUUUGUUUCAUCAUUUGCAUAAAAGCCUCCAUCAUUCCCCCCCUUUUGUCACGAAAUCUAUAACCAAAAAUCUUUUGGGAAAAAGUGAUCAAACCAAACAUCUUUUGGGAAAAAGUGACCAGUUGUCCGAUGAGUUCAGAGUCCAAGCCGGUGAUCGGGUCUCUCCCCGGUAUCUCGUCGUCCUGGAAGCCUCCGGCGACCGCCGCCGGAACCUCAACCGUCGGACAGCUGCUUAAUUUUUGGCAGUAUCUCUCCCGAGAAAAAGAGAUUCCGAUGAGCGAGCGAGAAAUCGGGGCGAGUAGAGAGCGGGAAUCGGCGCAGGAGGAGGAGGAGCAAUCGCGCCUGGAAAUCGAGAACGUGAAGCUGAAAGACGAGCUGAAGAAUCUGAGGAGGGAAUACGAUAACCUAACUGAAAACAACGUUCGUCUGGAGGAGGAGAAGAAGGUUCUAGAGAGGAGGAGUGAGGAGAGAUACAAGAAGAUCAACGAGGAGCUUCUGAAAGAGCAGGAGGAGAAAUGCAAACUGAUUGAGAAGCUAAAGAGUGAUAAGAAUGAAGCUGCCAUCAAACUUGAGGCUUCUGAGAAGAGGUUUCGAUUGUUGGAGGAAAGAUUUUCUCGUUUGGAGAAAUAUGUUGAAGUGAAAGAAGGCAAAAUGGCUGAAAAUCGUUAUGGUGAUUGGAUCGCUGACAAUGGAGCCCACCCUGCUUCCACUCCAGAUGCAAUGGGGAGUAGCAGAACAAAGAUGAAAGAUGCAUCAUCUUCAAUCAUAGUGGCUUCACCUGUGGUGGUUCUCAGUGACAGUGAUGAAGAGAGGCCUGUGGAUGAAGGGGCCUCUCUAGCAAACCUCUGUGGUUCAGAAGGUUUGGGACAAACAGAGAAAUCAUCUUCCACUCACAAAAGCCAUGAAAAAAAAGAAAAGCGCGCGGUGAAGAGGAAAAGAAGCUUGAGGAAGAGCCAUGAUAGUGGAGUUUCUCCACGGAAGAAAAUGUAUCUUCACGAUCUGCAGGACCGUAGAGUGAGCUCGAGAAGUUCCAGCCGUGGUGAUGGAUCAAAGGGCAGUGCAGUAGCCCCUUCGAAAGGAGGCUUUUUUAUGGAUUCAGAAGAUUCAGAUACUUACUUGAAAUCCCAGAAAGCGAGAGGAGGGCCAUGGCUGCUUGAACCUGACAUGUGUUUGGCGUUUGAAGAUGAUCCUGAACUGUGUAUGGAUGCUGUUUGUGCACUUUAUAGACUUCAGCUUUCCCUACCAUUGUCCUUAAAACGCUUGGAUAAAGAACUUGAUAUAGUCAGGGUGGCCAAGUAUCUCAUCCACGACCAUCCAGAGAACAAGCUGAAACGGUCUGUUGCAGAAGUGAGCAAAGACGUCGUUGUUGAAUGUAAAAGAUUGGCUCUUCAUCACAGCGGGGAGCUGUUUCGAGUAUACUGUAGUGUGCAAUUGAUACUGGGGUCGAUGGGAGCAAGGAGGACGAUUCUCCGGUGCGGUUGCCGUGCAGCGGGAGAGUGGCCGGAGGCGGUUGUUUCCGUCGAGAAUGAUUUGUAGGGAAGCAGCGCCACCACGAUGUCUCGGCCUGAGACAUUGCAGUGCACAGGUGGAGUGGUGAUCAGCGACAGUGUGAUGAACCCUAACAUCCACACUGGGAAAAAUCUCACCAUUUCUAACCCUCACCUCACCUCACCUCAAGAUUUUGAUCGAAAUUGUUCAACUUGUGCUUCCUUUUAUAGUGAAGCAAAUAGCUAAUUCGGGUCUCACUCGGUGUCACACUUACAGAGCUUUGUGCGUUCAACUCUUUGUGUUUCAACAAUUCUUUUUAUAUACACUACUAAUAUCGAUCUGUAUACAUCUCAUAAGACGGGACUAAUUCACUUUAGGUUUUGAUGGGUCCCAUUCCAGCAAAGUUGGGGAUGAACUUGUGGUUUUGGAGGGUAUUAAGGAAAGGAAUGGCUGUAUACAGGGCAUGCCAGCAUGAAACGGUUAAAGGUGUUUUUGUGUUUAUAUUGUGAGGGGAGAAGGGUAUAUAACAUGUGUUGUGUAUUUAGCUGGCAAGCAUAAAAAGUUCUGUUGUUUUUUA